AUGAAUACACUUUUUCACAAAAUCAUCAACAAUCCGUACACAAAAUCCACACUUUUAACCAAGAAAACCCAACCCCACCUCCUAAAUCACUUCACCACGGCGGCACAACCACCACUGCCACCACCACACACGGCGCCGCCGUCAUCAUCAGAAGAAGAUAAAACCGCUGCAACAAUCACCACAAUCUGCAAAUCAUUCCCAAACAAUCUUAACUGGAAAACCCUUAAUCAAAAUCUCAAAUUUAUCAAUCUAACAGACCAAAAUGUUAUCAAGAAAGUACUAAUUCAUCUUAAAGAUCCACCAAAUGCUAAAAAGGCCUUAUCUUUUUUCCAUUGGUCAUCACAUUAUACAAAUAUUAUGCACCCAACACACACUUAUGCACUUUUAAUCCACAUUUUAGUGAAUGCAAAACUAAUAAAAGAUGCGAAUGCCCUUAUAGAGUCGGUUUUGAGACGUUCUGUUGCGUGCAACAGAUCGUCUGUAGAGUUGUUUAUUCAAGAUUUGGUUAGUAGUUAUGAGGUUACUAGUUUAGGUAGUAGUUUUGUGUUUGAUUUGUUGAUACAAAUGUGUGCAAAGUUGCGAAUGAUUGAUGAGGCGAUAGACGUGUGUUUCUAUUUGAGUGAACAUGGGUUUAGGUUGAGUAUUAUUAGUUAUAAUACCUUGUUGUAUGUGAUACAGAAAUCGGAUAAGCCUAAGUUGGUUUGGAGGGUUUAUGAGCAUAUGAUUGAAAAUAGGACAUACCCGAAUGAGAAAAGUGUUGGGAUUAUGGUUACUGCAUUGUGUAAAGAAGGAAAGUUGCACACUUUUGUUGAUAUGGUUGAUAGGAUUGAUGGGAAGAGAUGUUCGCCUCGAGUGAUUGUUAAUGCUUGUUUGGUUUUUGGGAUGAUAGAGGAUGGGCGGGUCGAAGAUGGGUUGGUUCUUUUGAAAAGGAUGUUCGUUAAAAAUAUGAUUCUUGAUACUGUUUCGUGUUCUUUGAUUGUGUAUGGUAAGAUAAAGUUAGGGAAGUUGGAGUCUGCUUUGGAGGUGUAUGAAGAAAUGCUUAAGAGAGGUUUUAAGGCGAAUUCUUUUGUGCAUACGUCGUUUAUAAGGGCAUACUGUGAGGCGGGAAAGAUUGAAAGUGGAGAUGAGUUGUUUAAAGAUAUGGAAUGUGUUGGUCUGCAGCCUUAUGAUGAGACUUAUACUCAUAUGAUUGCAGGUUGUUCAAAGUUUGGAAAGUUGGAAGAAAGCUUGAAUUUUUGUGAGAAAAUGGUGCAGAAUGGUUUUGUUCCAAGUUGUUUGGCUUUUAAUGAAGUGGUUGAAAGGGUAAAUGGAUUUGUGAGUGUUCGACGAGCAGAUGAGAUGUUGACUGUAUUGUUAGAUAAAGGGUUCGUGCCAGAUGUGAAUACAUAUUCUCAUCUCAUUGCAGGUUAUGGACGAGAAGGUGAUGUUGAGGGGGUCCUUAAGCUUUAUUAUGAAAUGGAGUAUAGAAAACUUUCCCCUGGUUCGUCGGUGUUUACAUGGUUGAUUGUUAGCCUUUAUCAAGCAGGGAGAUUGGAGGAGUCAGAGAAGUAUCUUAGGACAAUGAAAGCUCGAUCUUUAGCCCCGUUGGAUUACACAUGUUAUACCCUGAUUUCCAGAUAUGAAAGUCAGUAGCUUCACAAUAGAAGGGAGGAACUGCCAUUUUCAUUAAAACAGUAUGUAGCCUUGAAGCCGAUUCAUAUAUUAAUCAUGUCAAAUUCUACCAGGCUAUAACCAUUCUAUGCGAUGGCCUAAAUUCCAUCUCGGGAUUGUCAAUCAAGGAAGAGUUCUAUUCUGUCUGAUGAAUCAAGAAUGUUGACAGGUCUGCUGGCCUGUGGGCAGAAUCAUCAGAACCCGACUUUUUGCACUAGUCCGGCGUGCCUCAUGCCUCAAAACCGCCAGAAAGACUGAAUAUCGACUUGUAAGUUCUUUUUUACGUCCUGCACAUUGCAACGAGUCUGAUACUCCAGAGAAUGUAGUUGCAUUUGAAACUAUUUUCUUGCUUUUGGUAAAAUACAAGAGUCAAAUACUCAAAUGCCUCUUGGACUUCACCAUAUCCAGUAAUAACAUGUUGACCCCUCGUCUAUAUUGAACGUUGAUUUGGAAAAUCAACUCCAUAACUUAACAAAAAGGGUUCAUCAAGUGGCAUAACCGCACAAGGAACUUAACAGAUGGCACAUAGUUCAAUCAAGAUCCCAGGCUCCCACCCAACUUAUCAGCUGCUCCUUCAUCCAUUACAAGUACAAAGAACAAUGCAUCAGUUGUAUAGAUUGGUUAACUUGGAUGUCAAUAUUCUCUUGAUUCAUCUGAGUAAUCCGAGAGACAUGAGGCGUUUAUUCAGUUUCAUUGUAUCACAGGUCUUUACUUGCAUCUAUCAAGAUAAUUUGAGGUUGAUGGUAUCAAAUAUCAAGUGUUAAAUGUCGGAUGUCAAUGACAAUAAUAAUGCAGAAAUGAAAUACACAUGACCCUGCAGAUGUUAUUAGA